GGCCCGUCUCGGCAGGCGGAGGCCGGCCAGCGGGCGGGCGCGGGGCCUGCGGGUCCCCGGGCACCGGACUGUCGCCGCAGCCACCGCCAUGGCCGGGCGUGUCCGCGGCUCCGCGCGCGCGCUGCUCGCCGCCCUGCUGGCGCCGGCGCUGGUGGCGCUGCUGGUGACGCCGGCGCGGGGCCGGGGCGGCCGGGACCACGGGGACUGGGACGCCGCCGUGCUGCUGCCGCCGCUGCCGCCCCGCGAGGACGCGGCGCGCGUGGCCCGCUUCGUGGCGCACGUCUGCGACUGGGGCGCGCUGGCCACCGUCGCCACGGAGGAGGCGGUGCGCGGCUGGCCCUUCGCCGACGUCCUGUCGCUCAGCGACGGGCCCCCGGGCGCGGGCAGCGGCGUGCCUUACUUGUACCUGAGCCCGCUGCAGCAGGCCGUGAGCCACCUGCAGGAGAAUCCGCAUGCUACGCUGACCAUGUCUUUGGCACAGACUGACUUCUGCAGGAAACAUGGAUAUGAUCCCCAGAGUCCCCUCUGUGCUCACAUAAUACUGGCAGGAACUGUUACCAAGGUGAAUGAAACAGAAGUGGACUUUGCAAAGCGUUCAUUAUUCAUUCGACACCCUGAGAUGAAAACCUGGCCUUCCAGCCAUAAUUGGUUCUUCGCUAAGUUGAACAUAACCAAUAUCUGGGUCCUGGACUUCUUUGGGGGACCAAAAAUAGUGACGCCUGAAGAAUAUUACAACGUCACAUUUCAGUGAAGCAGAAUAUGGAGAAUUUAACCACAUGUGUGAGGUUGCUUGGGGUGGCUCAUCAGACUUGAAGGGCUUAAUGUUUCUCUCUGGAAGGAUCCUGGAAGAUUAGCCACUUGUCUUUCACAUGCUGGUUUGUUUGCUUGCUUGCUUCUUUACAGGAAUAGGUGGCCCUGUUACUGGAUUUCUUGGAAGAUGUGGUUGCUAGAUAUUUUGUUCAUAUUUUGAAGCCAUUUUCUUAGAGACAUGUCUUUUAUUAUGAUCAAAGAAAUUCUGUCCCAUCGAUUCCGAAUAGUUUCCCAGCGGUGCUCCUUGAAGAGGGGCAGGCCCCAGGCUGGACUGCCCGCUGGCAUUUGAAGGUGCUUGAGGGUGUGUAUGGGUCCCUGGAAGCCACUGUCCUGGGGGAGGGCGUCGCUCACCCCGGCUGCCCUGAGCCUGCAAAGGGGUGGGCUCCUGUUGUAAGUGCCCGAAUAAAUCUUGCCAAGACAUGAAACCCAAAUGGGGCUGCCUACUUGUGGCCCAUUCACAUCUGACAGUCCUGGGUAUUGUUGAUCCAACACAGGGCAAAACUAUUAAAGAACUUUGUUUCUUUUUUUUAAGUUUUCAAAUCUGGGGCAAUAAUUACCUAGAAUAAAAAAAAGUUCAUGAAACUUUUCCUGAAUUUGAUUUCCCCACCUAAGUGGAGACUGUAUAAUUUGUUUCUUCCACCCAAACACACAAUCAUACACACGUACACAUUAUUAUUAUUCUUUUGCCCCAAAAUGGGAUUGCAAAAGAAAAAGAAGGCAGGAGGGUGUUCUGUGUGUAAGUUGUUUCUCGUUCUUUGAUAAGCAGAGUUAACCCAGACAUGCGUCACCUCAGCUGGAGUCAUACGACCCCCCCCCCCCCCCCCAUGGCUGUGUUAAUAAUGCUGCCUCAGCAGUGACCUAGGCUUCCUCAACUGCUCUGAGUCCCUAAAUUGCUCCUAACGCUGUGACUACUUAAAUCAGGUGAUCAAAGGGAAGGUAACAUGACAUUUUUUUAAAAAAAAUCACAUUUCUUCAGAAGAGAAGAAACUAUUCAGUUUUACUACUGACAUGCUUGAUUUCAGAAGGUGAGCUUCCUUGUAAAGAGGUGUUGUGAAUCAAGCCGCUGAGUCUUCAAAUGGCUAAGAGAAAGGAAGUUGAAUAUGAAUCAUGAAUCAUGCUUGUAACUAUAAAAUGAACUUACCUGGAAUCCAGCAAACAGCUUGUGUUUAAGAAAAAUGAUUUAUGUCAAACUUGGUAAAAUGGGUUCAGUAUUUAAAGCACCAAUAAUUAAAAGCAUUAUUUUAAUGAAA